AUGAUCUAUGGGGAUGAGGAAGAUGAUUUAGCAGGGUUCACGGAUGAUCUCACCAUGGAAAGAAAUAUAAUGGGCUCCCUUUCUAUUAAAACCGAAAAUUUUAAGGUUCUCACUGUUAAGCUCGAACAAUAUGAGAAACAGAUCCAGGAUCUGAUCACUGAGAAGCUGAGACCAGUGUUCGCUAUACUACAUCGCUUGGAGGGUGUUCCGGAACCUUCCAUUAUUCUGAAACAAGGUGGAGAUCAACCGAAGAAGACUUCAACAACUUCAGCAAAGCCAACCACUUCAGUCAAGCCAAGUAUUAAAGUCGAAUCUGAGCGUAAAGGCAAAGACAAACUUUUUUCUAAGGAGCCAAUAGUUGAUAACAGCGAUGAAGAAGAGCUUGAUGAAGAAUAA